AUGCUUUUGGAAUCGGAGACUUUCAAUGGCGACGUAUCUCACUACGGGAGAGCCGAUGUCAUCAGAGACGGGCUGAGUGCACCCACACCCGCACUUUGUCCGCGAAUGCUCAACGUGAGCGAGCUGUUGACGCUAAUAUUGGACGAUAGGACUGCACCAACAAUUGGCCAAUCGAAUUUGGGAAUGGCUUCAACAGAGGACGUACCUCGGUCCCGGCAAUCGUGUAUCAAAACCAACACAGCCGAUCUACAACGGCCAUCAACGGACACGCACGUUUUCAAGCCGAAAGUCGAACGUCCCGAAAUGUCGUUGAUUCACGGACGUUCGCUGGAACAGCGGCUUGUAAAGUCGUCGUCCUGUGUGGAAUCGGAGACUUUCGAUGACGACGUAUCUUCCAACGGGACAGAAGAUGUCGUCAGAGACGGGCUGAGUGCACCGACACCCGAACUAUGUCCGCGAAUGCUCAACGUGAGCGAGCUGUUGACGCUAAUAUUGGACGAUAGGACUGCGCCAAUAAUUGGCCAAUCGAAUUUGGGAAUGACUGCAACAGAGGACGUACCUCGGUCCCGGAAAUCGUGUAUCAAAACCAGCACAGCCGAUCUACAACGGCCAUCAACGGACACGCAAGUUUUCAAGCCGAAAGUCGAACGUCCCGAAAUGUCGUUGAUUCACGGACGUUCGCUGGAACAGCGGCUUGUAAAGUCGUCGUCCUGUGUGGAAUCGGAGACUUUCGAUGACGACGUAUCUUCCAACGGGACAGAAGAUGUCGUCAGAGACGGGCUGAGUGCACCGACACCCGAACUAUGUCCGCGAAUGCUCAACGUGAGCGAGCUGUUGACGCUAAUAUUGGACGAUAGGACUGCGCCAACAAUUGGCCAAUCGAAUUUGGGAAUGACUGCAACAGAGGACGUACCUCGGUCCCGGAAAUCGUGUAUCAAAACCAGCACAGCCGAUCUACAACGGCCAUCAACGGACACGCAAGUUUUCAAGCCGAAAGUCGAACGUCCCGAAAUGUCGUUGAUUCACGGACGUUCGCUGGAACAGCGGCUUGUAAAGUCGUCGUCCUGUGUGGAAUCGGAGACUUUCGAUGACGACGUAUCUUCCAACGGGACAGAAGAUGUCGUCAGAGACGGGCUGAGUGCACCGACACCCGAACUAUGUCCGCGAAUGCUCAACGUGAGCGAGCUGUUGACGCUAAUAUUGGACGAUAGGACUGCGCCAACAAUUGGCCAAUCGAAUUUGGGAAUGACUGCAACAGAGGACGUACCUCGGUCCCGGAAAUCGUGUAUCAAAACCAGCACAGCCGAUCUACAACGGCCAUCAACGGACACGCAAGUUUUCAAGCCGAAAGUCGAACGUCCCGAAAUGUCGUUGAUUCACGGACGUUCGCUGGAACAGCGGCUUGUAAAGUCGUCGUCCUGUGUGGAAUCGGAGACUUUCGAUGACGACGUAUCUUCCAACGGGACAGAAGAUGUCGUCAGAGACGGGCUGAGUGCACCGACACCCGAACUAUGUCCGCGAAUGCUCAACGUGAGCGAGCUGUUGACGCUAAUAUUGGACGAUAGGACUGCGCCAACAAUUGGCCAAUCGAAUUUGGGAAUGACUGCAACAGAGGACGUACCUCGGUCCCGGAAAUCGUGUAUCAAAACCAGCACAGCCGAUCUACAACGGCCAUCAACGGACACGCAAGUUUUCAAGCCGAAAGUCGAACGUCCCGAAAUGUCGUUGAUUCACGGACGUUCGCUGGAACAGCGGCUUGUAAAGUCGUCGUCCUGUGUGGAAUCGGAGACUUUCGAUGACGACGUAUCUUCCAAAGGGACAGAAGAUGUCGUCAGGGACGGGCUGAGUGCGCCGACACCCGUGGUCGAGGUGAUUUCAGCAGAUGUUCCUCAACUUGUUCACCGCAGGUCACUGAUAUCGAGAGUUGGGAGACGACUGUUAAAAUUCAGCAGGAGAUUGUGUUGCUGGUGUGGGUAA